AUGGAUGUGACGCUGAACACUUUCAUUGCUCAGUCUUUUGUGCCUUUUAAUAAUGGGGCAAACGCCAAUGUGGAAUUAAUCAGGAAGGGGAAGGCGCGGAGGGGCCGCGGGAAGGCGCGCAGCGAGGGGCUGCUGGGCAAGCAGAAGCGCAGCCGGCGGAUGAAAGCCAACGACCGGGAGAGGAACCGCAUGCACCACCUCAACUCCGCCCUGGACGCGCUCCGCAGCGUCCUGCCCACCUUCCCCGACGACGCCAAGCUCACCAAGAUCGAGACGCUCCGCUUCGCGCACAACUACAUCUGGGCGCUAACGCAGAGCCUGCGCCUGGCCGAGCAGAGCCUGCCCGAGCCCCCCCCGCCGCCGCCCCCCGCCGCCUCCCCCGGGCCCUGGGGCUCGCUUUAUGCACCACUGAACAGGCAUGGGAGUUUUCCAGCAGCUCUUCCUCCAUCCACAAUGCCACCGGGGCUCGUCAGGUGGGCAAGGAGCUGUGCUUUGGAGAUGGGAUGUGGAGGUGAAAUAAGGUAA